AUAGAUGCAUAACAUGUGCAUGUUACGGGAGAAAGCGAAAGGAAAGACAAAGAUUUGCAACAAAGCAUUUAUCGCCUGUUAUAAAUCGUUCUUGACCAAGGAAUCUAGACGCAAAAUGACGGACAAACAGCACGGGUGCCCUCUUCCCGCCGCCGCGGAAGAACUUAACAACACGGCUUCCACCGACACCAGACCUCUGGGCCGCUGGUUCCGACUAGUGCCGAGCUACCCGAUGUGGAGCACAUCAAACAACGUCGCCGGAGGAACAAGAAGUGGGUUAUUUACCCAGGUCCCGCCAAGAAGUAGUAGAUCUUCAUAUCGUCGCUCUUUUGUCUACAACGAGGACAUCAGCAGCAAACAGCACCGUCGAAAAAACUCGAGCAGUUCCAGCUCCUCCGGCCACAGUCCCAGCAAACACCACGACCAAGAAUUCAUCCAUGUGAUGCGCACGGCGCGCGAGCUGCCGACCGCGAGCGAGAUUUUCGAAGCCCUAGACGCCAACGAGGACGGCACGGUGUCGGCAAAGGAGCUGGACAAAGCGCUGCGAAAAAUGGGAAAGUCGGAACGCGUGCGGGAAAUCUUGCUGCAGCGAGUCUUCAGCUACCAGGGGGCGAAAGUCUCUGAGAGUGGUGGGACGAGAAAUAGAGAUGAAUCUAGCGGUGGUAUGACUUCUGGUGCAGCUGCUGGUGGUUCUACCUCUCCAUCUUCUGCAACAGCAACAACCUCACCGCGCCGCUGGAGCAACAGAAAGAGGUUUCCGGACGAGCAAGCGGCGGAUCAUCAAGGUGAUUCUGAGCCCGACCCGCCACCACUCUCUAGAAGGUUACAGAGCAUCGUGAACGGUGCGGGCCCUUCUGCCGCGAGAGGACAGCAACACACGCAUAAUAAAACCUCAGGACAAGUACAUCAAAGCGCCAAUCUGGACAAGGACCACCGGAAGACCACCCCGUUGCCGCCGUCAAACGUGACGUUUGCGGAGUUCGAGCGGUACUAUGAAUCGAGGAAAGCGGAACUAGAGCGGGUGUACCACAUGCUGACCCACCAGAACAAGAAUGAUUUGAAUUACCCGAGCAACGCGAAGUCCACUUUGGAUACGAACAAAAUGCGAAAAUUGCUGCAACUGGUCGGGAAAAAAGUUUCCGACGAGGAGAUCCGGCUGAUUUUGCACAUCGCGGAAACGGAGAACAACGGAGUUUUGACCUUCACGGAGUUUGCGCAUUGCUGCUUCUUUGCGCCAGACGUGAACCCCGCGGCGGUCUUCGACAACUUCGAAAAGGACACGUUUUACGAGGCGGACGACAGCGCCAGUUCGGUGCCGAGUAGGCUGGAUUACGGUCUGAACAAGGUGACGAAAACGGAGACAGGGGAAGUGCUUGACAAUAUCGUGAGGAAAAAUCCCCCCCUCCCCAUAUCGGAAAGGAAAUUUGUGAUGCUGCAUUUGCGUACACAAAUUAAUCAGUUUGUAUUGGUAGAAGGUCAACAGACGCAGUUGCGGCCUUAACUGCAAGCAAUUUUUCAUGCUGUUCCCCAUUUCGAGUUGCCUCCUGUCAUGCUGAAGAUGCAAGGCUUUCCCACACCGCCCAGCACUACAGUCCACUUCUUUUGCCUUCUAGCAUGACAACAUGACAUGUAGUCGCAAAUCAUGCUACACAAAUCCCCUCUUUGAUAUGGGGAGGGGGGAUUUUUCAUUUGGAUAGACAAUCAGAGCUACGACGAAGUGGUGCGGAAGCUGCUCUGCGGCAUGGUGGCGGGAGCGACCUCGCGGACCGUGACCGCGCCGAUCGAGCGCGCGAAACUGAUCAUGCAAGCCACGCCGAUGAGCACGACGGGCGCGCGGUCGACGUUUUUGGAUACGUUCACGCGCAUUUACCGACACGGGACGCUGUACGACUACUUCCGCGGGAACGGGGCGAAUUGCGUGAAGAUCGCGCCGGAAACGGCGCUGAAAUUUCUGUUGUUCGAGAACCUGAAGAAGCGGAUCGCCCAGGAAACGGAAAACCCGACCACCGUCGAGCGGUUCUUCGCGGGCGGGCUGGCCGGGGCAUUAGCCGGCGCGGCGAUUUACCCACUGGAGAUUUCCAAAACAAGAUUGACCCUCGCGCCGCCGAAAAAGUACAAUGGGGUGCUGCAUUGUUUGCAGAAGGUGCUCUACCAGGAGGGGAUUAAGAACGGGCUGUACAAGGGGCUGUCCGCUUCGACCAUCGGCGUGAUUCCCUACGCCGGGAUAGAUUUGGGCGUAAACUCCCUCCUCCGCGACUACUACAGUCUCAAAUACGAAGAGCUAAACGAGGAACCCUCCAUCGCCGUCAUGCUGAUGUGCGGGAUGAUCAGCAGCUCGGUCGCGAUGACGUUCACCUACCCACUGAAUCUGGUGCGGACCCGGAUGCUAUUGCAAGGAAAAAUCCCCCCUCCCCAUACUUAAUGAAAAGGUAUAGUUUUGGAAAUUUGUGAUGCUGAUUUGUGGUAGCAAAUCGCGUCUGUCUUGCAAGAAGGCAACUCCGCAGGCUCCUCCGCAUUGUGCAGGCGGUUUGUCAUGCUGUUCGGCCUACAGCGCGGACGUUUACCAUGCUAAGCGCCUAAGCCAAAACCUCGCCACUCACCCCUGGCGUGGGCCCUCAGUGCUUUCCAGCAAGACAGCUCGGAUUUGUGUACACAGAUCCAGCGUCAGAAAUUUCGCUUCGGUAUGGGGAGGGUGGAUUUUUCCUUUCAAUAGAUGCAGAUGAGCGGCUUGACGGAGAUUUUCACGGAGCGAGUCGCGCGCGGCGAACACUACACGAAAAUGGAGCAGAUAGGCAGUAGUACGAUGGGAUAUAGGAGUACUUCUUCUACUUCGGCGAGUCGUGCAGGAUCCUCGGCAGCUGGAGGAGGAGUACCACCACCCUCCAAUGCGUCCGUCUCUGCCUUUCAAGUCUUCAAACACAUAUACACCACCGCGGGUGCUCGAGGACUCUAUCGCGGCUUCUUCGCGAAUUUGCUCAAAGUAGCCCCGGCGACCAGUGUGAGCUACACCGUGUACGGGUAUCUGGACCACUGGUUUGGCUCCGGGGGGAGUGGCGGAAUGGUGUCCAGGAGGUGA